UCUCUGUGGCACACACACACAGCUUGGUCGGCUGCCGAGAUGAGAUCCAGGCAGAUACGCGGAAAAACAUAAUCGGCAAAAUAAUCUGAUAUACGACUGUUGAAUAUGUCGAGGAAGUACAUCAGCUUCAUCAAUGGAUAGCCUGUAUCUCCGGAGGUUUUUGCGAAAUCAGUGGCAAGAUUGCCUUUGCAGAGGAAAUACGCCUUCCGAGCCGGAGAACGACCAAUCAGCCGGGGCGAACCAAAGAUAAACAAGCCUUAUGAUAAGACAAAACUCUCAGGUUUACCCAGGCUGUGUGCAGCUCUAGAUAACUAUCAUGCUGGCCUGUAUCCAGAGACGGCAGAAUCUCUCGUUGCAGAAUCUGGCCUGCAUACCCAAAAGCCUUGAUGUACCACCACCGCCGUUACUGCUGUCAGUACCACCACUGCAGCUGUGCACCCACAAAGGCGAGCCAGCCUCCAUGAUUUCUCGGUACCCUUCUCCCGCAGAGUUGGAUGCUUUCGCCCAGAGGACCGCCAACAGCCCACUGUCCAUCAAAAUCUUUCCGUCUGAUGUCCGGGUGCCGCAACAUAAACAGCUUAACAAAACAGUCAACGGGUUAGACACCACAGGCCAACACUGUAGCCCCUAUUCACACUCGUACUCAGGAGGCUACCAGGGAUUGUUGGGCGUCAUCAAAGCCUCUGUGGUCGCCAAAGGUGUGGUGAAAAACUCGGAGGGCAGGAGGACUAAACAUGCAAACACCCAGACCUCCGCGGUGCCGUAUAAUAAUCCUCUGAACAACGGCUACGCAGUCAGACACAGGCAUACGGCGUAUCAUAUAAGCUCAUGUAAGCCCCACGAUGUUCCCGUUGAGACACUUUGUUCUAGCACAGGGGUAGCCUCCAGAGAUCAGAGCCUGGCCCCCCAGUCUGAGCUGGCAGAGGUUCAAAGCCUGAUGAGGCAGAUGAGCAGAGUUCCCCACAGCCAGGCCCUGCAGCUGGGGGGAGAGGCUCGAGCCAGCCCCUCUCUGCAGGCUGUGGCUGCAGUGGCACAUUCAGACUCAGACUUUGCCCUCGGAGUGCCGCCCCAGAGCAGUCUCGCUUUUACGGGGGCAGUGCUACCGACACAGAGCGCAGACGUUGCCAAAGCUGGGUACUUGGAGAAAGGAGACUACACAAUGUGGCAGCAUAAACAUCAAAUUCAGCUGCAGCAGCAGCAGCAGCAACCCUAUCAGCAGGGAGCAGUGAGGAUGUACAGUGUGGGUAACAGCGCUCAGAGGCACAGAGCCGUAGAGGCCGGGGUUGGCCAGUCUCCUGAAACCUGCCUCCCUUUGCCGUGCUCCUCACAGCUGUCGUAUAGGCGUCAUCAGGAGCGAGUCAGCGGCUCCUCUCUGAACUGUGCCGCCAUGCAGGGGGAGUUCUCCGUCACCCAGUACUACACUCCUCUCUGGGACAGUGUGGUAGGCACCCCUAACAGCGACUGUUAUACUUCUCAGGUGCUGGAAACGGGUACAUGUGCAGCCAGGCUUAGAGACCUCGGACUCUCCCAUCCCCAUCUCCAUCGGAGCGGCCGUCAACACUUCCCCCCACAGAGACACCAGCAGCAGCUCCACCCUCCUCUUCCUCCUCCUCCUCCUCAUACCCAGGCCUACAGCACAGACCAAAACCUCUGUUGUGGGCUGCCUAGUUCCAGCAUGUGCCACGCUGCAGCACUUAGCAGCAGCCUGCAGUCUCUGGAGUGCCUCAUCAGUGAGAUCCACCCUCCCUGCAUCAAAGAGUGCAUGCUGGGCCGCGGGUACGAAGCCAUGGGGAUGCCUCAGCUACUGGAGCACCACCAGCAAAGCCACAUCCAGCUCCCCGUCUACAGAUAAGGUGCGGCGUGCAUGCCGCACAGUGGGACGCAGAAGUGACAAACCUUUUAUAGAGAAUAGAAGUGUGUCAGUUUAGACCGAUGAAAAUGAGACAUGCUUUUUUAGUUUGUGCAUGUACGUUAUUUUGUAGAAGGCUUUGUGUUUUGAGCUUGAAAAGGUGACCGAUAAUCAUGACUUAAGAUACAGGUUCAUCUUAUGGACUUGUUUUAUUUUUAUAUCUUAAAUGGCCAUUCGAUAUGCCUGCUGUUCCUCAUUUAACGCUGAUGCUGAGCACCUAAUCAGAAUUUCCCAUUACAUUUGAACAUGAACUGUAUAUUUUGCAGGUGAUUCCUCUGGAAGCCUAAAUUAAAAAAAGUAAACUUACCCAACUGAAAUAAUCAUUGGUACCCUUCUGAAACAUUUCUUUGAAGAAGGGUCGUUGGUAACAGUUGUUUUUUGUGAAUAUGUUGUAUAUUUUUUACAUAAAAUGGCGUCUUUUUUUUUUUUUUUGAACAUUCCUUAAUUAUUAACUGAACUUUUGGUUGUCUGCUGCUUCGUUGCAUUUUAUAUUUUGUCCACUUCUCAGUGUCUAACGCGGUAACUCAGCUUCUGCAAUAUGAUGCACAUUUCCUGGCCGCCUAUGAGGAAUAUUUUCAUCAUUUGUAUACAAAUGUGAAUAGAUUUUUUUUUGUUUUUGUUAAGCAGCCAUAGAGGAAGUUAUGUCAUCUAACAUCUUGAUUGAUUGAAAGUAGUCUUGCUCAGCACAAUGUAUUAGGACUGUUGCAUAUCCAAAUCAACACUGUGGCAAUUCAGGCCAAGCAAGAUCUGCCCUUUGGUUGUAUUUCUGUUGACCUUUUUUUAUUUGAAGAGGUCGCUUGGACAUUUCUCUUGAAUGAAAUAAUCUCUGGAAGGUUGUGACACUGUUACAUAAUGCCUGGGUAUAUAUGAGUGCCAUGUUUGAGAGCAGGCCACCUUAAUUAUUCACAGUAUCUUCUUUGUAGGGCUAUAUUAUCUCUGAUGGUGUGAGACGUGUGACUGAGUAGUUUUCUGUGUGUCUGCACUGGUUAUGUGAUACUAUUUAUUUAUGUCAGCCUAAUGAGUUAAAUGGCAAACUGUCUCUAUAAUUAUAAAGUGCAAUUAUUAUAUAUGAACAUGAGCGCUCUCCGUGAAGUACGUUGUUGAAAUAACUACAUUUUGCAUUGUAUGACCCUAAUCCCUCAACCCCUUUUUUUGCCUCUUCUUAAUAAGGAUUGUCAAGUAAAUGAAAUUUUCUAAACCCAGCACAUAGUUUGUGUUAUUAUUACGCGUCAUCUGCCAGACGUGCAGCUGAGAAGACGCUUUUAUUAUAUUCAUGAAUGUUCCAGUUGUGGAAAGAUGAGACAUUUCUCUGGUGUUAUUGCAAAGGGAUUUAAGGCUUAAGCACCUGACAAGUCUCUUUUUCAGCCAUAGAUCUCAUAUUAUAAAGAUCUUCUCUUUUCACAUGUUUAUAAUGUGAUGUAAAUCAAUCCUUAGCUGAAAGCUAUUGGAUUGGUUCCUCUAUAAGUGCUAAUUUUGAUCAUAGCGAAUUAUGUUAGUCUAGAUGGAUGGCCAACAUCUGAGGCAGGAGCCAUUGAAUACUUCAAAAUACAGACGUGUAAAUGAAAAUGUACAGGCCCUCGCCUUCGCUUAUAUUACAUUUGUGUAUGAAAAAUACAUGCUUUCUAUGAAUCCACAAUAACAUUACCCUCUACAUAAUGUAGAAAUGGGCUUGCUGUUCCCCAGCUAUAUUAAAUUGCUAAUCUUAUAUGGCGGCAUGCCUGCCAGCACCUCUUAUUUUGCUUCAUUUGUCCUCCUAAAUUGGAUGCUAUAGCAGUAAUGUAGUUUAGGUCACCAUAGAAAUACAAUGUACACCCAUUUUAAGUGCUCCAUUACAAAACAAAUAAACUAGAUGCCGUGAAUAAUGGCUUUAGAUGCACUGCUGGGAAUACAACUGCAAUGUUCAAUUGGUGACCUCAUUGCAGAUAAGAAAUAUCUCAGAGUUGAAGGUCAGUGGCAUUGUUGUAAAUGAUUUCCUAUCUUCAGCUGACUUUGUCCUGGCCUCGCUGGGAGCUUUUCCAUCCUAUCUAUCCGUCAGGACAGGCCAGGCCGCUCUGCUGAUAGACCUACAGGAUUACAGACAUGCUCCUCUUGCGCUCGCUCAGAGACGAUUAGCUCGUGGCUCCUCUGGGAGAGGAACCAGAGCCACUCCGGCCUCUGGGACACACUGCAGAUAAGUAAGACUGCAGGCAGAGGAAACGGUUAGUUGAUCUGGGGGAUUCAGUGACAUAAAGAGCGGAGGAUUCUCCUCCCUUCACUGCUGAUGUUUUGAAAAUGAGUGUUCAAAAAUAAUCUGUGGUAAGAACUUUUCAAGAAAUCAGCCUCAGAAAUAUUAAAACAUAAAAAAGAACUGCUGUUCAGUUAUUUAAGAUCUGGCAAAGACUGGAACUGUAUCUGCAUUGUGUGAAAUGUAUGAUUUUUUUUUUAAUCAAUGAGCAUAUUUUAAAAUAUUUCAUGCAGUAGCUUGAACACAAAUGUGAAUAAAAAAAGGCAAAAUUAAGUAAACAUCGCCACCUAGAGUACAAUUCAUGAACUGUAAGUCAAUCGAGUCGCAACACUUAUUGGAUCUUGUGAUAAGAACAAAUGUGAUCAUAGUUUGUGAUCUAUAAGUAUUCAUACAGAAAACACAGCUCUAAUCUAUAAUGUAUUAAUAACUGUGCCGUUUGCCGACAUGAAACGUAUCGUUUGACAUUAUAAUGCGCUUAGAAGUUAGGUCAGUUGAGAGAAAUAGAAAAAAAAAAAAGAGGCCACCAAACAAUACACACAAAGCAUACACAGCUGGACCACGCCUUCAGACUAAACACAGACUUCACACAGGUUGAGCCCUCAGAAGAUAAACAGGUGCAGCUCUGCUAACUUUCGCUUUGUAGGGAAAAGAGAAUUGCAAAUGUAUUGAUUGAAAACAUUGUUUAUUUGUACAGUUACACAAAGGCACAGGUGGAUUAAUGCACAAUUGAAAUGAUUUUUGAUGCUCCAGGGUUAACAGUGGAGGUGACUCCAGGGCCCGGGAGGCAGAGAACAUCAGAAUGUGAACAGUAAUGGUUUCCUGUAAUAACAAUGUUUACAGUCUUGUAUUCUUCACUUCAUGGAACAAGUAUAAAGAUGCCCGUUAAUGUCAUAAAUAAAGCCGCAACACACACACACACACACACACACACACAC